UAAUAAACUCUUCCUUCGCGCGCUGUCUCGUGCCACGGGUGGCUUUUCCCGGAUCCCCCCUCCGAUAUUUCCUGGUCUCGCCGUUCCGUCCGCGCUGGGCUCCAGCUGUGCCGUUCUCCGCAGCGCUGGAGGAGGACUGAAAGGGGCAACGGGGGGACAUACCUUCGGGAGAGGGGAAUCGAUUGACAGAGGGAGAGGAGAGAGAGAGAGCGAGAGAGAGAGAGAGAGAGAGAGGGUGUGGGGUGUGGGGGGCGGAGGAAGAGAGAGGAGAAACUGCGAAAUUGGCCGCGAAGCGCCAGCGUCCGCUGGACCACCGCAUCGCUCCGUCCAUCCGUCCCGGAGGAUGAGUUCCUGCAGCAGCCGGGCCCUGACACUUCUGUCCUCGGUGUUUGGGGCAUGCGGUCUCCUGCUGGUAGGGGUUGCCGUGUCCACCGACUACUGGCUAUUGAUGGAGGAGGGCAUUGUGCUUCAGCAGAACCAGAGCAUCGAGGUCAAGAUGGCUCUGCACUCUGGCCUUUGGAGAGUCUGCUUCGUGGCAGGAGCAGAGAAAGGGAGGUGUGUGGCGUCGGAAUAUUUUACGGAGCCAGAAAUAGAAAUUACGACCGAAAAUACUGCAAAUAUAUUGAAGAUGGUGAGGACGGCAACGCCCUUCCCCAUGGUGUCCCUUCUCUUUGUCUUCACUGCCUUCGUCAUCAGCAACAUUGGACACAUUCGCCCACAGAGGACCAUCUUGGCCUUUGUUUCGGGCAUCUUCUUCAUCCUGUCAGGGCUCAGCCUCGUGGUGGGCCUCGUGCUCUACAUCUCCAGCAUCAACGAUGAGGUGAUGAACAGGCCGCGCGAGCCAGAGCAGUUCUUCCACUACCAUUACGGCUGGUCCUUCGCCUUUGCUGCCAGCUCCUUCCUGCUUAAAGAGGGGGCGGGGGUGAUGUCCGUGUACCUUUUCAUGAAGCGCUACACCGAAGAGGAGAUGUACCGACCGCACCCGGCCCUCUACCGCCCCCGGCUGUCCGAGUGCAGCGACUACAGCGGGCAGUUUCUGCACCCCGAGUCCUGGCCCCCUCCGCAGAGGGGACGCAGCGCAUCUGAGGUCUCCAGCGACAUCUCCAUCCAGCUAAACCAGACUCUUCCACCUCCACCCCCACCCAAAAACAACCCCCAACACAGCCCCCCGACAGGGGUAAUAGGUGCUUCCUCAGGCUCCUCAUCCGGGGCGAGCUACCAGAUGAUAGCUCCGUCUUCCUACCACUCCCGCACCCUUCGUCCCGCUCAUACCCUCUCCCGCGGCCCCUCCAGUGCCCCUCAAUCUCUGCCACUGGCCACACCCCCCUCUUGCGUGCCCCCGCCCCGCUACCACACCCACCUGCAGAUGAGCGCCUCGCCCUGCUAGAGUGAUACAAAAUGAGUUAGUGUCGUUGUGCCAACACACAAUAGAGACAUGUACAUUUACAUGAAUAUGCAUUACUUAGAAAAACCCGAAAGACUGACAUGAAGUACAUGAAACCAAUGCAGCUCAUAACGUCAGGGGAGCUCAGAGGGAUUGGCUGGGGCCGGGUGGGGGGGGGUCACGAGGAAGGAACGGCCAUCGCUGUGCUUCUUUGGCAAUUACAUGGAGGUGUGAGAGAGGAGAAAGGCGUCGUGCAGUUUUACAGGAAGCAAAGAUGCCAAAACAUGGAGAAUCACACAAAAGACAGAAAAAGUGUACAGUAUUUACAAAUAGAAUAAUGCGUACAUGGUAGCAGUUACCUGGCCGAAAGUGUCAUCAUUCACUUUCCUCUUACAGCUGUUCAGAACAUGCCUUCCUGUGUUUUACUUUUUAUUUUAGAAGAACUGCUAGUUGUAGUACUGAUGAUACUGAGGCAAACAGUACGUUUAGUGUUUAUUUCCCUGGUUGACUGUAAUUCCUUGUACAAUCUGAUUUGCCACCCCUUGUUCAUUUUUUUCCCCAGUGGAAAUAUGCUUACAACAUAUUUGCCAACUGAAAAAUUGACCACCAAACACUGCAGUCAUUGAAGACAGAAAAAAAAAACCAACAGUAAAAAAACAUAAUAAUUUCAGUAAAAAUGCAGUACUUUUUGUGUUAAUUGCAGUGCAGAAUAACUGCCCAAAAUGCAAUGCAUGUUUGCAUGUCUCUGCACUAUACAGUGCUGCGUUAUACUUACUACACUUGCAGGGUAACUCUGAAAUGCCGACUCACACAGGUUAAGCUUUACCAUGGUAAAAACACAAACUGCAUACUAUUGUACAUAUUUGCAGCCAUGGUAUGCAGUUCUUCCAUACGCAGUUUACAGAAACCAUACUGUCUGGGAAGUUAUAAUUUUACACUAAGUCCAUUUUUUUUGUAAUGAAAGAUUUUUUCUUUUACGUAAUACUUUGGAAAUUUUAAAAUACCUUUAUUGACUUAGUGACUGAAAGGAAUGUCCUUACAUUUAUUCAGUGCCCCAUUUUUAAAGAUUUUUAAAGGAACAUAAAUGUCACAAUAUUAUGCAAGUUAAUGAGAAAAAUUAAGUUUCACGGAGGCAGCUUAACAAUUGUGAUAUCUACACCAGUUAUUUAUUUUCCUCUAAAAAGCCCAUUCCAUUAUCAAUAACGGCUUGUCCAGGGCAGGGUUGCUGUGGUCUGGAGCCUAUCCCAGAAGCAUGAAGCGUAAGGCAGAUUACACCCUGGCUUGGGAAAACAAAAAAGUUUUACUUCAUAUUUUAAUUAGAACUAAAUACGACUCUUAGUAUAACUGCAUUUAAACCAUGUUCUCUUACCAUCUUUUCCAGUCAAUUCAAUUAAAUUAAUUUUUAUACAGUGCUCUUUUCACACAGCUACACUGCCAUUGCCAUUAACUGUUUUGUAUUUGAAAUAUCUUCACAAACCUGACAUAAACUCAUUACCCCAACAAAAAGCUGUAUAUAACAAAGUGGAAACAUAAUUACAGGAUAUGUAGUCAAAUUCCAGGACUGGUUCCUGCAGAAAAGGAAACGCAGUAUUAUAUUUUUAAAUGCCCCAUAAUUAAAAAUAUAAGAAAAUCUGUAAAAAUAUUGUUUUGUUAUUUAACAAACAAUAACUUCAGAGAGCAGAAGGGAGAAAGAGGCCAGUGUUUAUUAAUCCAUUUAAUUAAUGCUACGAAGAAAAGGGUUAUCUAGUUUUCAGGAUAAUUUUUAAAUAACCUGUUGUAUUUCUAAGGGACUUAACAUCUCAGACUUGUAUAAUUUAAUUUUUUUUCCAUUUAAAAUGAAACAACUUUCUGUAGCCUGGCCUUAUUCCAUUUCACUUUGCGUUCUAUUCACGUUUAUGAUUUUGAAUGUUUCUUAGGCUUCUUAUGCUUUACAUUUGGUUUCUCCUUUCUAUUCAUAUGUUUAGAGCAUAUUUUCACCCUGAUUUCACAUCUCCUUUCAAUGCUCCCUUCAUUCUCAUUGUUACAUUUCAUAUCCUGUCGCCUUUGUGUCUUACUGAUCCCCUCUCCGUGCAUCUCUUCAGACAAUAUGAAGGAACUGUGCCUGUAUUCGUUUUUUUUUUAUUUCCAACAAUGAAAUGAUGACAAUAAAUGGAGACUGAAAAUACA